UUAGUAUUCAAUAUAAACAAAUUUAUUCUUCAUCGCCUCCUCCAUUCCGAAAACCAAGAACAAAUUCUGACUACCAAACCCUAAUCCCCUUUCUAAACCGCCGCCGCCGCCGCCGCCUCCUCCGACCACCGGCCGGCCGGAAAUUCGAGGCUGCAGAGAUGGAGACCAACCUUUUCAUCCAAUUAGGGAUUCUAAUUUUCUCCCUCGGCAUCUUCUACGCUCUCCAGACCCUCCCGAAGAAGGCUUUCUCGAAGCUUCGAUCCAAGGCCCGGCCCGGAGCCCAGGCCCACCACCACUUCAUCAAGGGCGCGCAGUUCCUCUCCAAGGCCCGAUCGGCCAGAGCCAAGCCGGCCGCCGUCAGCCUAGCCAAAUUCGCCGUCGACGAAGCCGACAAGGCGCUUGCGCUCGAGCCGCGCGACCCAGCCGCCUAUAUCCUCAAGGCCAUGGCGCAGACCGUCAUGGGCCACCGCGCCGCCGCCCUGAAAUCGCUCGACGCGGCGCUGUCUCCGCCGGCGGCGAAGAUGCUGUCGGAUAGGGAUAAGGGGGACGCCCUGUUGAAGCGAGCCGAGCUGCAGGUUGGCUUGAACCGGCGGAGACGGAUCGACUCGGCGGUCGAGGAUCUGGCCGAGUCCGUCCGGCUCAGCCCGGAUAAUUCUAAAGCGUUUCUGUUGUUGGGUCAGUGCUAUGAAAUGAAGGGAUGUACGGACGAUGCGAAGUGGGCUUUUGAAAGGGCUUUGGAAAUUGAGCCAACUCUGAAAGAGGCCCAUGCUGGAUUGGGCCGAUUAUUCGCAUAAUUGGGCUCAUGUGUUCUUUUUUUGCAAUUUAUUGUGUUGAAGAUUUGCCUUCUUAGUUUGUUCUUCCUUUUGGAACUUAUUUUAUUGUAUAACACUUUUUAAAUUUAUAAAUAAUUUGUCAAAAUUA